AUGUCAGUAAUGAGGAAUACUAAGAUCACAAUUUCAAAUCUCAGUUUGAUAUUUUCAGGACGAGGGAUAUAUUCCAACUCAUUGGGGUUCCUUGGUGGUGUAUCAUGGGCAAUGUUGGUGGCACGUGUUUGUCAGUUAUAUCCAAAUGCUGAUCCAUCUACUCUUGUACAAAAAUUCUUUAUGGUUUAUUCAACAUGGCAUUGGCCACAGCCAGUUCUGUUAAAGGAGUUUCAGGCUGAGAACAAAUUAAAUCUAACAGUUUGGGAUCCAAGGAUAAACCCUUCAGAUCGGUUUCAUCUGAUGCCAAUCAUUACACCAGCAUAUCCAUGUCAGAACUCCACAUUUAAUGUCACUAAAUCUACCAGACAAAUCAUGAUGGACGAAUUCAAAGAAGGGCUGGAUAUUACCACUGAAAUAUAUAAAGCUGGUGAAGAUGGAGAUUGGAGUAAAUUAUUUGAACCAUCAAAUUUCUUUCAAAAAUACAAACAUUACAUAGUAUUAACAUGCUCUGCAGAAGAGGAAAACAAUUACCUUGAAUGGUAA